AUGGCGUCGCUGGGGCGGCUCAAGUCCGCCAUCUUCGACAGGGAGGAGAGGAAGAUGCAGUACCAGUCGCACAUCCAGGGGCUCAACGCAUACGAUCGCCAUAAGAAGUUCAUGAAGGAUUACGUUCAGUUUUAUGGCCAUCAGAAAAAUGUGGAUAACAGUCUGCCCAUCAAAACUGAUAAAGAUACAUUGAGAGAAGGAUACAGGUUCAUUCUUUCAGAGGAAGAUGACAUGGAUUCAACUUGGGAGAAGAGGCUGGUCAAACGUUACUAUGACAAGCUUUUUAAAGAGUAUUGCAUUGCUGACAUGACCCAGUAUAAAAAAUGCAAGGCAUGCACCCUUGUAACACAGAAGCGAACAACUAUUAACGAUAUGGCAGUCGUGCAUUUUCAGUGGCAGGAUGAUGAAUGGAUGCCCAACCAGUUUUUUUUCCUUCUAAAAUCAUCUGUAGUUUUGGAUAUGAAUCCCAUCUUACAAGGGUAUAUUCUCCUGCAGAUUGGAUUGAGAUGGAGAACAGAAAAGGAAGUGAUAUCUGGCAAAGGGCAAUUUAUCUGUGGCAGUAGGCAUUGUGAUGAAAAACAUGGGCUAGGUAGUUAUGAGGUGAAUUUUUCUUAUGUUGAGGCAGGGGAGCAGAAACAAGCACUAGUGAAGCUGGUAGCUUGCAAGAGAUGUGCAGAAAAGCUUGCUUAUAAGAGGCUGAAGGAGAAAGAGAAAGAGAAGGAGGAGGAUCCCUACGGUGAAAAGGAAAUUAAGUUGAAAGACAGGGACAAGAGAAAGAGAGAACAUGAAGAAAGUGAUGACACCUCUGAGGAUGAGGCCAAGAAAGAUCGAAGAAAGAAAAAAGAUCGGAAGGGAGCUUCUUCAAGGAGUUCAGGAAACAACGGUGAAGGUUUUGAAGAGUUCCUCGAAGGCAUGUUCCCAUGA